UGUAUUGUCCCAGUAUAAUAGGUUAGAAUAGAAACGUUUAGAAUAGAAUAGAAUAUUGUCAUAAUGUAAUAGAAUAGAAUAGAAUAGUUUUUAUGACAAUAGAAUAGAGUGUGUCAGCACACACAUGCCUGUGGCUAGUUAAAGCUAGAUAACUAUGAAUAUCUUCAGUUACAAAUGCCCUUGUCAUUUCUACAUAAAUAGUAAAUUAUGUAGAAUGUUACAUCAAAAAUCCACCAAUGCUGCCCCCUAGUGGUACAUUUACAUUUACAUUUAUGGCAUUUGGCAGACUCCCUUAACCAGAGCUCAUUACAGAAGUGCUUUGAAGUCUCUAUCAAUAAAUACAUUCUGAUGCUGGUUCACUAGGUCCCAGACUAAGAAUGCCAUCAGUCCAAUAACUUUAUUGGAAGAUAAUAUAGUAACAAGUGCUCAGACAGUGCAGUUUUUUAUAAAUUGCUAAUUUAAGAGCUAUAGGAAGAGGUAAGUCUUUAGACGUCGCUUGAAGACCGCCAGUGACUCAGCUGUUCAGACAUCUAGAGGAAGUUCAUUCCACCACCUCGGUGCCAGAACAGAGAAGAGUCUUGAUGCAUGCCUUCCUUGUACCCUGAGAGAUGGUGGGACCAGUCGAGCAGCGCUAGAGGAUCGGAGGGAGCCUGGUGCAGUGCGGGGUGGGAUAAGUGCUUUAAGGUAAGUGGUCUGUUUUUGAUUUUGUAGGCGAUCAUCAGUGGCAGAUACAGGAAGCCAGUGGAGGGAGCGGAGCAAUGGGGUGGUGUGGGAGAACUUAGGAAGGUUGAAAACCAGUUGUGCUGCUGUGUUCUGGAUCAGUUGCAGAGGACAAAUGGUGCUCAGAGGCAGAUCUUUCAGUGCAGGAGUCCAGUCUCGACAUGACAAGGGACUGAACAAGCACCUGAGCUACCUGUGUGGACAGAAAUGGAUGAAUCCUUCUGAUGUUAUAAAGGAUCCUGAGAUGUGGAUGAAUACCCAGGAUGAACAGCAGUUCAGUUUUGCUGGGAUUAAGUUUCAGCUGAUGAGAUGUCAUCCAUGAUGAGAUGUCUGCCAGACAUGCUGAUAUCUGAGCAGAAACGUGAGUGUCUGAGGGAGGGAAGGAGAGGAUGAGUUGAGUGUCAUCAGCAUAGCAGUGGUAUGAAAACCCAUGUGAGGACAUGACUGCACCAAGAGAUCGAGUAUAGAGGGAGAACAGGAGAGGACCAAGUACUGAGCCUUGUGGGACGCCAGUGUAGAGUGUAGAGGAGCAGAUGUGGAUCCCCUCCAUGUCAUCUGAUAUGACCAACCUUCCAGUGCAGAGAGACGUUCACUCCGAGGCCUGUUCUCAAGAAGAACACCAUGCUGGCUGAACUGGUUGAGGCACUGAGGAAGACGAGACUUCAGGCUGCUACUGUUGCUGUCUCUUACGCUCAACCUGGAGACGUAGAGUGUGAUGUCUGCUCUGAGAAAAAGCACAAAGCCGUCAAGUCCUGUAUGGUGUGCCUGGCCUCGUAUUGUGAAGCUCACAUUCAGACUCACUACAAUUCUCCUGCGUUAAAGAAGCAUAAGCUGGUCGAGGUCUCCAUGAAUCUUCAGCAGAAGAUCUGCUCUCAGCAUGGCAAGCUCUUGGAGAUUUUCUGUCGCACUGAUCAGAAGUUCAUUUGUUGCUUGUGUGUAAUGGAUGAACAUAGUGGUCAUCAGACAGUCUUACCUAUAGCAGAAAGAGCUGAGAAACAGAAGCAACUGGUGGAGACCCAGAGAGAAUCCCAGCAGAGAAUCCAAGAGAGAGAGAAGAAAGUACAAGAGCUGAAACAGGAUCUGGAGUCGGUCAGGCUCUCUGCACAGACAGCUGUUAAAGAAAGUGAGAGGCUCUUCACUGAUCUGAUUCAGUCCAUUGAGAAAAGAAACGUGGAGGUGAAGGAACUGAUCUGGGCUCAGGAGAAAGCUGAACUGACUCUGGUGGAGGAACUUAUAGAGAACCUGGAGCAGGAGCUUGCUGAUCUGAGGAAGAGAGAUGCUGAGCUGGAGGAGCUUUCACACACAGAUGACCACAUCCAUUUCCUCCAGAGUUUCCAGUCUCUCAGUGUCCCUCCUGGACUUGCAGAAUUACCCAAGUUUAUGAUCAGACCUAAAUUUUCCAUAGAGGAACUGAGGAAAGCUGUAACUGGACUGACAGAGCAAGUGGAAAAGUUCUAUAAACUGCAGUUAGUCAAAUCUGGAGACUAUAGUGCCUUGUUGCCUGAGCCAAAGACCAGAGAAGACUUUAUGAAAUAUUUCUGUCAGCUGACUCUGGAUCCAAACACAGCACACCGUCGGCUCUCUCUAUCUGAGGAGAACAGAAAAGUAAUGGUGACUCGUCAGGCUCAGAACCCUCCUGAUCAUCCCGACAGAUUUGACAUGACACAGCAAGUUCUGUGUAAAGAGACCUUGCUGGGGCGUUGUUACUGGGAGGUCGAGCAGAUUAGCAAGUACAAUUCUUCAAUUGCAGUCUCUUAUAAAGGCAUCAGCAGGAAAGGCACAAGCAAUGAGUCUAGCUUUGAGCAAAAUGACAAGUCCUGGAGUUUCACUUGUUUUAAGUCGAAUUAUUUCUUUAAACACAAUAACAAUUACACUGAGGUCCCUGUAGAGUCAUGCUCCACCAGAAUAGGAGUGUAUCUGGAUCACUGGGCAGGAACUCUGUCCUUCUACAGUGUCUCUGACACCAUGACUCUUCUCCACAGAGUCCACACCACAUUCACUCAGCCCCUCUAUGCUGGCUUUCAGAUUUAUGGUUAUGAUAACUGUUUUCAAAUAUGUGGUCCUAAUCUGUAAAAGCCUGACAUUUCCAUUAUGUAGUUGCCUAAAUUGCUCUGGAUGAGGGCGUCUGCCAAAUGCCAUAAAUGUCGGAUAAAUUGUGUAUCACAAAAUGAUGUAUAAUUCAAUGUGUAUUUUAAAUUAUAUUAAACAUCUUAUCCACUGUGUACAUCAUGGUGCGCAUAUAUAUAAGGAAUUAUACUGUUCAUUUUAUUUUGUAGUCAAGUCUGCACUUUACUAAAACAGUUCCUCAUAUCAGAAUGCCU